AUGGCGAACUGUCAGAGCUGGGGUGGGCAUUGUACUAAUUCGAGGCCGUUGGAAGCGGCGACGUCCCUGCCUGCGGCUAAUAGAGAUAUCCGACGAUUGAGAAGCAAGGUCAAAGAUCUGCAAGAGCAACUCAGGAUUGCUAAACAAGAAGCUGCUGAAGCACGAAUACAACAAGCUCAGAUUCAGACUCCGGCGCAGACUAAUAAUCACUCAACUCCAUCAUUGCAUUCGUUGCCGGAUGCAGUUACUCACUUGGCUGGAGACACCGAACAUAGUCCAGGCCCAACCCUUAGCGAAGUAUGGCGAGGGCUAGGCACUCGUACCGGAGAAUUGUACUACGGACCCAUAUUGUCGUUGUAUUUCCUGGCUCGGGUCAAUCACUAUCUCACCUCGGAAGCAUUCAAUCAGCCUUUGGGAGACAUAAGACUUAACUCAUGUCUAGCAGCGAUUGAUUAUGAAUCUUAUUCUCAGCAGCAGCCACAGUGGGAUACCCCUGGAUACGCAGAGGAUCUGACACGCGUUCAGGAAGAAUAUUAUCUCAAUCUACUAUGGCAGACGUUCCACUGUCUAUAUCCUAUCCUUUCUGAAUCAGAGUUUACUAGCUAUUAUACUUCAUUGUGGUCGUCUUCUGAUGGUAGCUCUACUCGCAAGCCUUCGCCAUUGGUUGACGUUCUACUUGCCUUGUGCAUGCAGUUUGGCAAUGUCUUUCUCUUCGGCGAAUAUAACGGUGGUCGAGAACCCUCGGAAGUUACUCGGCCAAAGGAAAAUGUGCAGAUGACUGGCCAUAUAUAUUAUCAGAGAGCGCAGAGAUUGUUGCAAAGUGAGUUGGAGCAUGCAUCCAUCAUGACACUGCAGGUCCAUAUAUACUCAAUAAUCUACAUAUACAACAUUUCCCAAUUCAAUACCGCGCAUAACAACUUGGGUACGACAUUGAGGAUUGCUCAGGCUUUGCGAUUGCAUCUUGGGCUGAUGCCUUCCCCAUUUAUAGAAGGUCAAGGGCUCUAUUAUCGGAUCUGGAAUACUCUCUACCGCCUGGACAGCCAGCUCUUGAUGAACCUUGACGGCCUUCGCAGGUUCGGUAUCUUGAUUGAGUUCGACGACGACAGCGCCGAACAAGCCCGGUUAUCUGGCAGCUCGCUUCUGUCAAGCCAUGAAGAUAUUAGCUGA